GGGCAAUAGGCUCAGUGGGAUAAUCAAACAUCUGUGGAUGGAAUCAUCAGGAAGUACCUCUUGACCCCCCUCAUCAUCAUGCUAAUCAGUUAGUGAUAUGUGAAAGGGGGCUGGACUUAUGACCUUACCUUUUAAAUAUCUCUGUGUAUCUCAGCAUAGAGGCUUGUCUCGUUCCAUCCCACACUAGAUCCAGGACUGUUUCGUUCCACCACCACCAGUGACAACAUGGCAAAGACAAUGGUACUUGAGCUGAAGAAUGUGAAGCUGAGAGCUGGAGACCAGUUGAAAGUGGAGGGGAGGAUUCUGCCUGAGGCGAAGGGGUUCCAGAUAGAUCUGGGCUGUGACGAAGAUCACCUGGCACUGCACUUCAACCCACGUUUUGAGGAUGACACGGACGGUGCUGUGCUUGUGUGCAACUCAAAGAUGGACGGCUGCUGGGGUCACGAGGAGAGAGAGAAACACAGUGGCCUCCAAAGGGGUUCUACUUUCAAGAUUGUCCUGAAGCUGACCGGAGACCUGUUUGAAGUGGAGAUGCCUAAUGGACAUGAGAUCAAAUUCCCCAACCGUUCCGUCCUGGACGUCAUUACCUACGUUCGUGUCAGAGGGGAUUUAAAGCUCACCGCCUUUAAGAUCUACUAAAGAUACCCAUAAUAUCCACCUUGUGUAGCCUGGCAACAACGGCACGGCCAAUUUGUCUCGUUUUGUCUUCCAAUUUCCGGUGCGUUCCGGCCCAAUGACACACAAGCAAGUGGGUGGGGCUACAUAUAGAGUUAGACCAAUGGGCAGUAAAGACCGGAUCAAUGGCCUGUAUCAAAUAGUAAAUGGAAAUAUGGGGUGACCAUGGUACGUUUUGUUGUCACAAUAUUCUGACAAACAGUAAACACAAGGGACAACUGGGGACGAGGUUAGGAUACUGUCAACUAAUUACAUUCCUUUACAACUACAGAUGUAUUACACACACACAUCUUGGCCGGAUGAAAUAUCAGUCAAUGUUUUACUUGUUUUGGUGAGAAAGAAUGUAUUCUGAUACUGUAGUAGCCCAAAUGAUUACAUUAUGACUGACCAUGUCGACAGAUUGGGUCAACAACAGAAUAGCCGUUGACUCCAGAAGCAUGGAGUAAUUUUUUACGAUGAUUUCCCAAUGUUAUUUUCUGUAUACAUUGAAGUAAAACAUAAUGGACGCAUGUCAUGUUAUCAAUAAAGUUCAGCAUCUUCAAGUAG